AUGGUGGAUGUGCAACAGAUUAUCGAACUUAUCUUAGCAAUUUUUUGCCGCCAUUGGCAAUUUUCAUCCAUAGCAGCGAUUGCAAUAUCCAUGUGGUAG